CAAAAGUGCCGAAGUCGCGGAUUCACACAAUAUAAUCUUAUUUGCUAUUUACAAUAGUCUCGAAUAUGAUGCAAUUAGUCAUCUAAUACUUUGCGAUCCUCUCGAAAUGCGUUCUCCAGCCGCACUGUGGACAAUUUGUGGUGAUUAAUCUGCGAAUAUUCAAGUGCACCAGAAAGAGUGUGUGAUAAAAAGCAUCGAAGUUGGAGCCAGUGAUUAUUGUUUUCUUUUUUCUUGCCCACCCCCUCUUCGAAUAAAAUUACGUUUGUAUAUUAUUUCGUUUAAGUUCUUAUUUAAGCCGGUUAUUUAAAUAAAAUCGAGGGAUGUCUAAGCUUUAUUUGCUCCCGAUCACGGUGUUUCUGCUGUUUAAUUUUACGUUCAUCGGAACGUACAUUGCUGCUGUGCUACAAGGACAUGUAGUGCCAACGGUGCCGUACAUUUCGGAUGCAGCAACGUACUCGCCGGAAAGCUGCGUCUUUGGACAGCUGAUAAGCGUUGGCUGUGUUCUACUGGGAAUCACCAUCUACGUGCGCUAUCGACAGAUUCAAGAAAUUGGCCUUCGUCAUGCCGAUGUUCAGCCGGUUCUGAACCGGUUGAACGGUCGCGCCUUUUGGGUCGGAAUGGGUUCCUGUUUGGGGGUCAGCAUGGUCGGAAACUUUCAGGAAACCAACGUACGGCUAGUGCACUACUUUGGGGCAUUUUUGGCUUUCGGUUUGGGUACGGUUUACUAUUGGAUGCAGGCUUAUAUUUCCUAUCAUCUUCAACCGUACAUUGGAUCAAUGCUGAAGGCUCACAUUCGGCUUGCCAUCGCAGUGAUAUGCACCGUUUUUUUCAUCAUCGUUUCCGUCACCGGAAUCAUUUCACAUAUCCUAUUCAACGGUACUGAUCCUCGCAAGUGGUACCCAUCGGAUGGUGGAUGGGAAUAUCAUGUGGCCAGCUCGAUUUCCGAGUGGAUUGUUGCAACCGCUUUCUGCUUCUAUAUUCUAACUUUCACCGAUGAGUUUCGAAUGAUGCAGCUGGAACAUCCUCCGCUAAUUUUCAUCGAAGUGGAAGGUAACCAGUAUUAUGAACCGGUGAUAAACGAGCCGGUCAGCACCGUCUCGUGAUGUGAUUCGCGUAGCCCGCCAAACAACCCGUCACCCAUAUCAUCAGCAGUCCUCGUGAAAAUUCCCCCCUGGAAGCUUCCAUCACAGCCACCGGCCUGUACCGUACGUAAAGUAAAGCGAUCGCAAAGUCUACCAAACCUCCACCCACUGAAGCGACACAGCAGAAUCGAACGACAGCAGCACUGCCGACCAUUGCACAGCCACCCAAUCUGCGACGGUUACAAUUGCAUCAUCAGCAUCAAAAACUCCUUCCACAGUCGACGGAGUCGGAACGGGCCUUCCAGCAGUCCAGUAGUCGCCGCUGCUACCGCCGCCGAUGGCGGUGAUCUGUUCCAGCAGGAACUGGAACUGCUGGACGGUUUAGUUGAGCCGUUCGAUCUGUGCUCUUCCGAGCUGGAACUGUACGAGCUGGUCCGCGAAAAGCUGGACCCCCGCAAGAUCGCUUCGCUCUCGAUGUCGCUGAUGUUGGUCGCCCUGCUGGAGGCUCUGCACACGUUGACCGUUUUCUUUAGCGACAGCUUCAAUCGGCACAGCUAUCUCUAAGCCCGUUUGCUUUAGUUUUCUCUCUUUCUCAUGUAGGUUUAGGUAUAAUUAAUUCAUUUAUCAUCAAAAAAUUUGUGCAGAAUUCGUUUUUGUCAGAAAAAAAAACGAAUUACUGCAAUAAUUUUUUUUAAUUAAGACUGGGUUUACCUAUGAUAAAUUGUUUC